AUGACCCUCCAGUCAACUCCCCGCGGCCGUAUCCGCGAUAUCCUUCCGGAUCUUCACCUAGGAACAUGGCCAGCGGGACCCAAGAACUCCAUUACGGACGUUCCAGGCGUGCUGGCCUCCACGCAGAGUAUCCACACCGAAGACGGAGUCAACACCGGCGUGACCGUCAUCGUCCCUCGCCGGAACUGGUUCAACCGGGCCUGCUAUGCUGGUGUCUUUCGCUUCAACGGAUCUGGGGAGCUAACCGGCUCCCAUUGGAUCGAGGAGACCGGCCUCCUUUCCAGUCCCAUCGUACUCACCAACUCGUUCUCAGUUGGCGAUGCCUAUCGUGGCAUCUACGAGUACGCCACAAAGCAUUUUUCCAACGACAAAGGCGAAGUGGAGUGGUUCUUGUUGCCGGUAGUUGGCGAGACGUUUGAUGGGUACCUGAACAACAUCUCCAAGCUGGCGGUUAAAUCAUCCGACAUUUUCAAAGGAAUUGAGGCAGUGACAGAUGAACCUGUUUCCGAGGGCAACACCGGCGGUGGCACGGGUAUGAUCUGCCAUUUCUUCAAGGGCGGAACAGGGUCCAGUAGUCGUCUUGUUGAAGGCUUCGACAGCGAGGGCAAUAAAAAGAACUACACCGUCGCCGCGCUCGUGCAAGCCAACUAUGGAAGGGCAGGUCACCUACGUAUCGGCGGCUUCCCUGUUGGUCGUGUACUCGAGAAGGAGAGAGCCAAGGCGCAGGCCGAUGUGGCACGUCAUAAGGACAAGAAGGAUGGUUCCAUCAUCGUCAUCAUUGCGACCGAUGCUCCUCUGACACCGAUCCAAUGCGAAAGACUUGCCAAAAGGGCAACGGUUGGUCUGUCGAGGGUCGGCGGCUAUGGCCAUAACCCCUCAGGCGACAUUUUUCUUGCCUUCUCAACGGGAAAUCAUAUUCCCGUUCAGAAGGAGAUGGAUAACCCUUUUAAGGCCAAGGCGCUGAAGAUUGAGGCGAUCGAGGACACCAGUAUCAAUGGACUGCUGGAAGCGGCAGCAGAUUCAACGGAAGAAAGCAUAUAUAACGCUUUGUGCUCGGCCGAGACAAUGACGGGUUUUCGCGGACACAAGGUUGAGGCACUGCCUCUUGACCGGUUGAAGGAAAUCAUGAACAAGUAUGAUUCGUAA